ACAGCAGUGCGCGCGGAAUAAAUGCUCGCGCACCGGAGCGGAGCGGCAGGAGAGCACAGCUUCUCACGCGCUGCGUGUUUAUACAGCGGCUCGCUCAGACAUGCCACGCGUCUUCUGAGUGGGACACCAGGAGAAAAGUCUCAACCUUCCAUCGGAAUAUUGGUCAAGGGGAGAACCACACUGUUUGAGGCGAUAUUUACAGCCUUUCAAAGUGGAGAGAUUUGACGCACAGUAAGACACAAUGCAGGAAUCUGAGCCCAGCGUGUGUCAGCUGCAGCCAAACAUCAUCUCAGUUCGCCUCUUCAAAAGAAAGAUCGGUGGGCUGGGCUUUCUGGUCAAACAACGUGUGUGCAAGCCACCAGUCAUCGUCUCUGACAUCAUCCGGGGUGGGGCGGCGGAGGAAUGUGGUCUGGUUCAAGUCGGCGACAUCGUCCUGGCCGUGAACAACAAGCCUUUGGUGGACCUGAGCUAUGAACGUGCGCUCGAGACCCUGAAGAACGUGUCACCCGAGAGCCACGCCGUCAUCAUCCUCCGCGGACCCGAGGGCUUCACCACUCACCUGGAGACCACGCUGAGCAGUGACGGGAAAUCCAAAACAGUUCGGGUCACCAGGCCUGUUAUCCCGGCUCAGAGCAGGCCGUGUGAACGAUGUUCGCCUCUCAGCCCCAACAUGACCAAAGAGCUUAGGGCUAUAGAGAACCUGUCCUCUUCCUCUAACCCCCGGAGAGACCCACAGGAGAGCAAACCCCUGAUUCCCCUGCUAGCCCAGGACUCUCUCUCUGACCAUUCAGCCCAUCUCCUCAAUGGGGUGGAGGAGAACAACGACCUGCUGAAGGAGAUCGAGCCAGUGCUGAAGCUCAUCAAGAACAGCAAAAAAGAGAUCAAUGGAGAAGGUCAAAGAGGUGUAGAGAGGAAGGAUGUCGAAGUGCAGGUGGAGAGAGACCUUGGUGUGGGAAAUGGACAGAACGCCCAGCUGGCGUCGGAUAACGACAGAGUGUUUGAUGACCUCUGGAGAAAGGACAACAUGCCUACAGUGCUUAACAACCCUUACUCAGAGAGUGACAAGCCUCAGUCCCUUGGGAGAGUUUCCCCCACUAAGACUGUGCAGAAUGGAAGUCCCACCAAGUGUCCCAGAUUCAUGAAAGUGAAGAACUGGGAAACUGGAGCUUUAUACAACGAUACUUUACAUCUCAGCUCCAGCGAGGUUCCGAUCUGCACUGAGCAAGUUUGUAUAGGCUCUGUUAUGGUGCCAAACCAACACACUCGCAAACCAGAUGAAGUCCGAAGAAAAGAGGAACUGCUGCCGCUUGCAACAGAUUUUAUUGACCAGUACUACACAUCAAUCAAAAGAUGCGGCUCAAAGGCCCAUGUUGACCGGCUAGAAGAGGUUAAAAAAGAGAUGGAAACUUCGGGAACGUAUCAGUUGAAGGACACAGAGCUGAUCUAUGGGGCUAAACAUGCAUGGAGAAAUGCAGCUCGCUGUGUGGGACGGAUCCAGUGGUCCAAACUACAGGUGUUCGAUGCUCGAGAUUGCACAACCGCUCAUGGAAUGUUUAAUUACAUCUGCAACCACAUCAAAUAUGCCACCAACAAAGGAAACCUGAGAUCGGCUAUUACCAUCUUCCCCCAGAGGACAGAUGAGAAGCAUGACUUCCGGGUGUGGAACAGCCAGUUGAUCCGGUACGCAGGCUACAAGCAGCCAGAUGGAUCAAUUCUCGGAGAUCCGGCUUCGGUGGAGCUUACAGAGAUCUGUAUACAGCAAGGAUGGAAAGCUCCAAAAAGCCGUUUUGACGUUUUGCCCCUUCUUCUCCAAGCCAAUGGAAACGAUCCAGAGCUUUUUGAGAUUCCUGGUGAUCUUGUGCUUGAGGUUCCCAUCACACAUCCAAAGUUCGAAUGGUUUAAGGAGCUGAAUCUAAAGUGGUAUGGCCUUCCUGCGGUGUCGAACAUGCUGUUAGAGAUCGGGGGACUGGAGUUCACCGCCUGCCCCUUCAGCGGCUGGUACAUGGGGACAGAGAUCGGCGUCAGAGACUUCUGCGACAGCUCUCGAUACAACAUACUUGAGGAAGUAGCUACAAUGAUGGGGCUGGACACGAGGAAGACUUCAUCUCUGUGGAAGGACCAGGCACUGGUGGAGAUCAACAUUGCAGUCCUUUAUAGUUUCCAGAUGUCAAAGGUUACCAUAGUGGACCAUCACUCAGCCACAGAGUCCUUCAUGAAGCACAUGGAGAACGAGUACAGAGUGAGGGGAGGCUGUCCGGGUGACUGGGUUUGGAUAGUGCCGCCCAUGUCAGGCAGCAUUACACCUGUUUUCCACCAGGAAAUGCUCAACUAUCGCCUCACACCUUCUUUUGAGUACCAGCCUGACCCGUGGAACACUCACGUGUGGAAAGGGGUGAAUGGGACGCCCACAAAGAAAAGAGCAAUUGGAUUCAAGAAACUUGCCAAGGCUGUAAAAUUCUCCGCCAAACUCAUGGGACAAGCCAUGGCCAAGAGAGUCAAAGCCACCAUCUUGUUUGCCACAGAAACUGGGAAGUCGCAGGACUAUGCAAAAACGCUUUGUGAGAUUUUCAAGCAUGCAUUUGAUGCCAAGGUGACGUCCAUGGAUGAAUAUGACACCGUCGACUUGGAACACGAGACGCUUGUGUUAGUGGUGACAAGUACGUUUGGCAAUGGGGACCCUCCGGAGAACGGAGAGAAAUUUGGUGCGGCACUGAUGGAGAUGAGACAUCCCACCACCAGCGUAGAGGACAGAAAGACGUACAAGGUGCGUUUUAACAGCGUCUCUUCAUAUUCUGAUACCCGCAAAUCCUCCAGUGAUGAACCUGAAUCCAAAGCCAACUUUGAGAGCACUGGACCACUUGCUAAUGUCAGGUUCUCUGUGUUUGGCCUUGGCUCUCGGGCAUACCCACACUUCUGUGCGUUUGCCCACGCAGUGGACACGCUGUUCGAAGAGCUCGGUGGAGAACGAAUCCUGCGCAUGGGAGAGGGAGAUGAACUCUGCGGCCAAGAGGAAUCCUUCAGAACGUGGGCCAAGAAGGUUUUCAAGGCUGCAUGUGACGUUUUCUGUGUCGGCGACGAUGUUAAUAUUGAGAAGGCUAAUGAUUCCUUGAUUAGCAACGAUCGUAGCUGGAAGAAAAGCAAGUUCCGGAUGACAUACACGGCGGAGGCACCGACACUAACCCAAGCACUUUACAGCAUUCAUAAGAAGAAAGUUUACGGGGCCAAAUUUCUGAUGAGACAGAACCUACAAAGUGCCAGAUCGAACCGAUCGACUAUAUUUGUGCGUCUUGAUGCCAACAACCACGAGAGCCUGAAAUACUUCCCUGGCGACCAUUUAGGCGUUUUCCCUGGCAACAACGAAGUUCUAGUUAUGACUCUUAUUGAGAAACUGGAGGACGCACCGCCGGUCAAUCAAAUUGUGAAAGUGGAGUUCUUGGAAGAAAGAAACACAGCGUUGGGUGUGAUAAGUAACUGGACGGACGAGACUCGUAUUCCGCCCUGUACCAUCUAUCAGGCUUUCAAAUACUUCCUGGACAUAACCACCCCUACAAGUCCCCUACUACUGCAACAGUUUGCUCCUCUAGCGACUAACGAGAAACAGAGAAAGAGACUAGAGGUGCUCAGCAAGGGUUUACAGGAGUAUGAGGAGUGGAAGUGGUACAAUAACCCUUCUGUAGUGGAGGUGUUAGAGGAGUUCCCAUCCCUCCAGAUCCCCUCCACCCUUCUCUUGACCCAGCUGCCCCUGCUACAGCCACGAUACUACUCCAUCAGCUCCUCUCCAGACCUCCAUCCAGGAGAGAUUCACCUCAGUGUGGCAGUGGUGUCCUAUCGGCCCAGAGAUGGAGAAGGUCCUGUGCACCACGGAGUGUGUUCCUCCUGGCUCAAUAGCUUGGAAGAAGGCGAUACGGUGCCAUGCUUUGUCAGAGGGGCUCCGACGUUCCAUAUGCCAAAAGACAGCCAGGUUCCGUGUAUUCUGAUUGGUCCAGGAACUGGAAUCGCUCCAUUCAGAAGCUUCUGGCAACAGAGACUGUAUGAUAUUCAAAACAAGGGAAUCAAGGCAUGCCCCAUGAUCUUGGUUUUCGGUUGUCGGCAGUCACAGAUUGACCACAUUUACAAGGAGGAGACCAUCCAGGCCAAGAACAAGGAAGUGUUUAAAGAGCUUUACACCGCAUACUCCAGAGAGCCUGGGAGACCAAAGAAAUACGUCCAAGAUGUGCUUCGCGAGCAGCUGUCUGAAACCGUGUACAAAUAUCUGCGAGAAGAAGGUGGACAUAUCUACGUCUGUGGAGACGUCACCAUGGCCGGAGAUGUACUGAAAACAGUCCAACAGAUCUUUAAACUGCAUGGAAACAUGUCUCUGGAAGAUGCUGGCUUCUAUAUCAGCAAACUGAGGGAUGAGAAUCGAUACCACGAGGACAUCUUCGGUGUAACCCUGCGCACUUACGAGGUCACCAACCGUCUAAGGUCGGAGUCUAUUGCAUUCAUCGAAGAGAGCAAGAAAGACACGGAUGAGGUGUUUUGCUCAUAGUCACAUUUUCCGUCCAUAUAUUGCUGGUUUUUGCUCAAGCUCUUAUCAGCCAGCCAGAAGCAUGAUGGGACACCAACCAUGAUUCACAAAAACUGUGCCAAGUUUGUCUGUAAAAAAAUUCUUCUUUUCUUGUAUUUUAUGGAAUAUUUCAUUUUCUUUGCUAGGUCUUGUUUGAUGUGCAUCUCUUAAUACAAGUCCCAUUCACUUGAAUUUCUGAAUGCACUUUUUUAUGUGUCUUUAUGCUUUGUCCUGACUAAUGGGCUGCGUGCACUUAGACAUGGCCAGCCUUUUUUUAAGUGUUAGCAACAUCAGUGGCUUUCCUCAUGUGCAACAGGCAUAAAUAUUGACUUUACUAUUAAGAGAUGGGAAGUUUUUGGGAAGUCUCUAUGCAUGCUAAAAAAAGAGGACAUGCUUAUAUCUAUAGAAGGUGAAUCUGUUUAAAAGAACCUAACAUAGAUCUCUUUAAACGGACCCAUUCAUACUGUCCUUGGCCUUAAAAGUGGGUUCAGAUCUCAUUUUGGUCCGUUUGGAUUAAUUUUGGUUUUGUAAGAGUCACAAACAACCAUUUUAUUAAUUAUAUUAUUCAUUUGUCCUCUUCCCAUAGUAUAUUAUUUAAUAUUCAAUAUAAUAAUAAUAAAAGAUAAUUCCGUUUUUUCUCGCAAUUCCAGGUUUACAUCACAAUUCUUAGUUUAUAUCUGGCAAUUCUUGUGUCUCAGAACUCUGCGUUUACAUCUCACAAUACGGUAAUUCUGAAAUCACAUAUCGCAAUUAUACAUUUUAUCUCAGAAUUCUGAGUUUACAUGAGUGUAUAAUUCAUAAUUCUGCCAUUUUUUUCUCCGAAUUCUGAGUUUGCAUUGUGCAAUUCUGUUUUGUUUUGUUUUCCACCAUGGAGAAAAAAAAAAGAAAAACGUAAUUUGCGACUUUUCAUUUCAUAAUUAUUUCACAUGCUUUUUCCUCAGUGUUGCGAGUUUAUACCUCACACCUGCAGAUUAUAAACUUGUGAGAUAUAAACUCUGAACUGAGAUAGUCACAGUUAAAGUAAAAAUACUACCUACAGUGGCUUUGAUAUGGAUCAAACUAAGAUGAAACCACAUUUAUCUCAAGCUAACGGUAAAAAAAAAAGUAAGAAAACAUCAAUGCGGCGCAUAGUUUAUUUUUUUGCAUGCAAUGCCUUUUUGAUGGCUUUGAAAAGACAGUUUUCUGGCAAUGAAUCUUUUAAGAGAAGUCACUGCUUUGCUUUCUGAAAUGUACGUUCAGUUAGGUCCUAGCUCGCUUCAGAUUUGCUUUGAAAACUUUUUUGAGUUAUGAGUGGCCUCCGGCAUGAAAAAUAUUACAUGAGGUAAUUUGAUUUUGAGGGACUUUGCUUUCUGUUGUCUUUCUGUAGGAGAAUAUUCUUGUUGUAUGUAAGCUGUUAACACUGAAUGUUUCCCUCCCCACAUUUGGGUUUUGCACCGUUUAAACUCCGUGAUGAAAGAAUUUGGGCAAAAAAGAGUCACAUACAUGCAUAUGUUAAAUAUAUAAUAUGUAGGAGAAUUUUUUAAGAAUGUAUUUUGAUUAUGGGUGUUGAUUUGGUUUUGUCCUUCUGAGUUGCUUGUAAUCUCUUACGUGAAUAUGACGAUAAUUAGUUUGGGGGAAUCUGAAGCAUUAUUCUGAAUGCAUGAUGUUAGCGUCCUGUUUUCUCUUAACCUGUUUCUGUUUAACUGUUGUGAUCGCGUCCUUCCUCUGUGACUGGACGGAGAAGAGGUUUUAAGGUUUUUUUUUUCUCUAUUUGUGUUUGUUCUUUGCUGCUGCUAAAAGAAGCUGUUCUGCUGUGAAUCUUCUAUUGUGGAACUUCGAACAUUGAAACAUUUGCCAUUUUAAUGCAUAUACUGCAAGAACUUUGCAUCUACUUAAUAAUAAAAAACAUUUGUAUGUCAA